CAGGGACGAGAAAAGUGACUGGCCUUUGUCAGGCUUCUUUUUACACUGCCUUGGCAGAGACAUGUAACCAGCAGCUCUGCCAGGGAUUCAGGAGCCUGCUCGCAUUCAAAAAUGAUAAGGGACAUCUAAGGAAAACAAGCUGAUCCCUUUCGGGAACACACCAAAGCCAGAUAACCCAAGUUAAUCAUAGCAAGACACAGCCAGUCUUAGAGCUGAGUACUGGGAAAUUAGCUUUGCUUCUUUGAGUUUCUGAAACAUGCAUCUUUAUAAACCUGCCUGUGCAGACAUCCCUAGCCCCAAGCUGGGGCUGCCCAGGUCCAGUGAGUCGGCUCUGAAAUGCAGACGGCACGCAGUGGUGACCAAGCCUCCGCCUCAGGCAGCCUGCUGGCCCGUUAGGCCCAGUGGAGCAGCGGAACGGAAACACCUGGAGAAGUUUUUACGUGUCCAUGGAAUUUCGUUGCAGGAAACCACGAGGGCGGAGACAGGCAUGCCUUACAGGAAUCUUGGAAAAUCAGGACUCAGAGUUUCUUGCUUGGGUCUUGGAACAUGGGUGACAUUUGGAGGUCAAAUUUCAGAUGAGGUUGCUGAACGGCUGAUGACGAUCGCCUACGAGAGUGGAGUUAAUCUCUUUGAUACUGCCGAGGUCUAUGCUGCUGGGAAGGCUGAGGUGAUUCUGGGGAGCAUCAUCAAGAAGAAAGGCUGGAGGAGGUCCAGCCUGGUCAUAACAACCAAACUCUACUGGGGUGGAAAAGCUGAAACAGAAAGAGGGUUGUCAAGAAAACACAUUAUUGAAGGACUGAAGGGCUCCCUCCAGAGGCUGCAGCUUGAGUAUGUGGAUGUGGUCUUUGCAAAUCGACCAGACAGUAACACCCCCAUGGAAGAAAUUGUUCGCGCCAUGACACAUGUGAUAAACCAAGGAAUGGCGAUGUACUGGGGAACCUCACGGUGGAGUGCUAUGGAGAUCAUGGAAGCCUAUUCUGUAGCAAGACAGUUCAAUAUGAUCCCACCCGUCUGUGAACAAGCUGAGUACCAUCUUUUCCAGAGAGAGAAAGUGGAGGUUCAGCUCCCAGAGCUCUACCAUAAAAUAGGAGUUGGAGCAAUGACGUGGUCUCCCCUUGCCUGUGGAAUCAUCUCAGGAAAAUAUGGAAACGGGGUGCCUGAAAGUUCCAGGGCUUCGCUGAAGUGCUACCAGUGGUUGAAGGAAAGAAUUAUAAGUGAAGAAGGGAGAAAACAGCAAAACAAGUUAAAAGACCUUUCCCCGAUUGCCGAGCGUCUGGGGUGCACGCUACCUCAGCUGGCCGUUGCAUGGUGCCUGAGAAACGAGGGCGUGAGUUCCGUGCUCCUGGGGUCAUCCACUCCUGAACAGCUCAUUGAAAACCUCGGCGCCAUCCAGGUUCUCCCGAAGAUGACAACACACGUGGUAAACGAGAUUGAUAACAUACUGCGCAACAAGCCCUACAGCAAAAAGGACUACAGGUCAUAAGGCAGUGCGUGAGCCAAGGAGCUGCAGGGUUAAAACAGUGUCUACACCGGUACAGAAUGGUGUUACUAGCCAGUCUACUGAAUCCCUUAGCAGCCUGCUGCUCAACCUCUAGUGUCCCCAAGAUUCUGAGGGGUCUGCUGUCGCCACCACUGUGCACCUGAAUUACAAACACAUGUGAAAACUCACAACCAAGAAAAUCCAUUCUAUUUUCUUAUUUGACUGGAGUCCCCUUUCCUUGCAUUGCUCCGUACACCUCAUGCUUAUGCAAUGGAAAGUAUGUGAGGGAAGACACAUGACCUUCAGGCGUUUAGUAACUUAAAGAAGGCUGUACAGAUAUAUUUUUUCAAAUGAACAAAAUCCACAGAUGCAAUGUGGAUUGCAUCAGAAAGAGUAGGCUAUGUUCACUCAGAAGUCUUGCUUGAGAGAAUAAGCAGAAACAAUUUUACAUUUUUUUUCUAUUUUCACCUUCAUGUUAGCAAGAGUUGUCAUUCAACAAAACUAAAAUUCUUAGGUAUUUGCUUUCAUUAGCUUUUAAACAUUCACUGUCGCUUGGCCCCAAGAAUGACCCUGUAAAGCAAUUUACCCAAGGUGUCUAUUAGGAUUCUAACGAUGCCAUGUCCAUUUACAUGUAGAGAUGGUAAAAGGAUGACCACCCCAAUCUUUAGAGACAUUACGGUUAAUUUAUGAAAGGGAGGACUACACUGCUGUGGAAGCUUAGCUUUGAAGAAAAUGAAGUGUUCAUUUUUUACUACAUUUUAUUAAAAUCUGCAUUAUACUUUUGACUGCUUGUAGGCACAGCUUCUGCAAAUUUAAAUAUUUGAGCUUUAAAAAUAAAUAUACACCUGCUCAGUUUUGUAAGUAAACCUGUAAAAUACCCAAAGGCAAAUGUUUGCUGUUUAAUUAGCACUGGGAUUUUACAAUAUAAUGUUUGCUGUUUUUGAGGAGUUAUUAACAAAAAGGUAAAUCGUGGGCCUUGUGAAAAAUGCUAUUACUACUCAGCACAUGCUGGGUGAAUUAACUUGCCCAAGGAAAGCAAAUGUUGAACUUCCUGAUUCUAUAAUCACAUUAUGUACACUAAACUAUAUGCAUGAAAGCUCUUUGCAUGGAUUGGGAGACAGUCUUGUUGCACUCAGAAGCCGAGGUCUAGCUAGCCCUGCCACUAUUGGCUACCCGCCUUUAUGAAUAUUCCACUUGAAAAAAAUUUCGAGAAUAUAUCGCGUGUACCUGUAAGAAGGGAGAAAACAUGGGGUUUUUUCUUUUUGGGGGUGUGUUGCGGGGGGUGUCUCUAUUUGGACACCUGAGCAUGUACAAAAUUCUAGUUUAAUUUUCUGGCCAGCAGGUCUCCCAUAUAGAAAUCACUUUGAGACUUACAGAAGAAAUAUACUAUCAGCUUUAAAUGCUAUUUCCUGCCAUCAUUUCCAGAUAUGUAUUUCUUAAUUGUAAAUCUUAAAAUGUUAGUAUGAAAUAACAACAAAUUUUCUUUUUGAUUAUUACUAUUCUAAUAGGGAAUUCAAAUUCUAAUAGGAAAAUAGGAUUCUAAUAGGGAAAUUGUUUGGCUUUUUUGCCCAAGUGUAUCUGAUUAAUGGUGGAAAUGGAUCAUUUUUCAGUUGUUCAUUGUGUAUUCAACCAAUCCAGUGAACUACUAUAUGUAUAAAUGAGCUCAAGUUGUCUAACUGGAACUGCAAUUUAACUAAUUAAUUUGCUUAGAGUAAUAAAAGCAUUUGGUGCAUUUAA